CUCUUUAAACACGGCGGGCGCUUGGACCCGUGUUUGGACUUUUUCCACAAAGAAUCCUUUUUGUGAUGAUUCCCUGUCAUGCACUUCCCUUAUAGCUUCACGUCUAUACACGAACGACCGUCCUGAUUACCACCGUGUUUAGUUGGGACUGAAAGACUGUCAAGUCUUGCUUUUAUUAACACGACAUGGUAUAAUUUAGAAUACCUAUGUGAGCCGGUGCUAGAGUCUGUACGCUUUAAACAAUAUAUACAGCAGACGCUACUAGCUUACAUGCUAGCCAAACGGCUACAUCGUCGUCUUUUGAUUAGGUAAAGAUCGCGACACUUGAUUUGAGGAGCUCUGUGAGUGAACGUUCUGUCUGCACUUCCUCCAUCUGCCAAAUUUAAGUCAUCAAAAAAACCAGUGAUUAGUCUGCGGUCCUUACGUUUGCUCUGGUAAGUAUCCUCCAACAAGAUAUUAACCCAACAUGAUGGUCUUUGGUGAAAACUGUUGCCAGCUUGCUAUUAACUUCCUAACAGUUGUUAAACAUUCACAGACCAUAAGCCUCAGUUUCAGUUCUUGAAGUUUUAAAUUAAACUGUUUGUAAUGGUUUUGAAUGUGUCUAUACCCCAACUAAACUGUCUGUAUCUUCAUUAGCAAUGUCUGGAAACCCUGCUGUGGUGAUGCGGCUGGUGGCAUCAGCCUACUCUGUGGCUGAAAAGGCUGGAUCCAUCGUGAGGAAAGUCCUUCACAGUGGAGAGCUCGGCAUUGUUGAAAAGGUGGGUAAAAAUCCAGAGAAAUUAUAAAGCUAGAGCUAUAUAGACCAGUUGGAAAAAUCAAAUAGCAUGUAAGGGAGAGUGGAGUAAGUUGAGCCACCCCCCUGUUGCUUGGAAAUAGUAAAAGAAAUUGAUAAUGUGACCAAAUAUUUAGGAGAUGGGCAUCAGUUCAUGGAGUCUGAAGGUUAGAGGCACAUGGGUGAAGGGGUUAGACAUUUAUUUAAACAUUUUUACGCUUGAAAGAGAAUUUAGUCUGUCCUAAGUUUUAUUAGCAUUGUGUUCAGACCAUAGACUGUAUAUACUAUGGACAACCUGGUUCCGCCUACCGCCUGUAUACGGAUUUGAAGCCAAAAAGCUCUCGGGAUUUUUCUUCAUUUCCUGAAACCUGCGCUGUGCAGUGGCGUUGUGCGCGUUCGGCCGCGCAGUCGCAGGGUGUCACUGUGAUGACGCUCGGUAUCCGCCGGGAGAGCUUCUCAAUCCCUGAACGCCCAUAGACUGUAUCAGGUGUCAAUCAUAGCAAACAUGAACCCCUUAAUAACUUUUAAAAACGGAGCUUCACAGAAAAAAAGAGGACUUGAGCACAAACCAGUCUCACAUUAACUACAUGUCAACAUCACAACCAGGGGGGAGAAAAAUGUAUGUUCUGUGUAAUAAAUUUCUAAAGUUGGUCCACAGCCCCAUAAGCUUUGCUGGCGGAGGCGGGAUUUAUGACCUAUACUGCAGCCCAUUAACAGAGGGCGCUGUUCUCGGAGUGGCUUCACCCCACGAGGAGGCAGACGGCGUCCAUUCUAUAUACAGUCUAUGGUUCAGACCAAAACAGAUCAUUUAAAAUUGUGUUACACAUUAAUUGUGGUAUCUAUGAGCUAUAACAUCAGCUCAAAGACCUAGCAUAAAAGUCCACCAUUUUAGCUUAGAGGACUAAUAAAAGAAAAAGAAUUAUUGUACCUGUUGAAUAGCAUAUGAUAGAUAAAGAUACACAUGAAUAUGAAGAAGUGACUGUUAUUUAGGGAGAGAGAAGGUGAGGGAGGGCUUGGGUGGAGAGUGGGAGGGUAGUAGGGAUACGGCCCAACUUACCCCGCUCCUUACCCAAUGCAUGGGGUAAGUUGACCAUAGGACACCACUUUUUUGGCAUGCUUUAUUAUCAAGACAGUUAUGUUUACACUCAUUCUGUUGGGGAUGCACAACAUCUUGAAAUAUAUACAGAUACACUAGUUAGAGACAAAAUUAUGAUUGCCUUGAUGUAGUGAUCAGAAAUAUGAAAAAUGGCUCAUCUUACCCCACUUUACCCUACAUAUACUGCUCUGUGAAGGAGGCAUCAAGCAUGUUGUUGCAGGCUGUGUUAACCUUAUUCUGUGUUUCUGGAUCCUCCUUGUUCCCCUGCAUAGACUGGAGCAAAUGAUCUGCAGACACUGGCUGACAGACUGGCACAGCAGAGCAUUUGUGCAUCACUUUCCAGGCGUUUCCCCAAAAUUACCAUCAUUGGAGAAGAGGUGAGCGAAUCAAGUUUGUUUCUCAGAGUGUUAUAGAUUAAGAUAAGUGUCUCUCGCUAUUAAAGAAAAAAAGUUACAGUCUUGUGAUUCUGUGCAAUAAUUUUCAGGACCUUCCUGCUGAGGAGGUCAAAGAAGAGCUGAUUGAGAGUGGUCAUUCAGAGGAAAUCCUUCAGAGGACAUGUCCAGCAGAGUACAGUGGGGCGAAAGAGGAGGAGGUAAUUACUACAGCUACUUCCAUUAAUGCAUCAUAAUUUGAGUGUGAAAACGCAUUUUCUGAGUCUUUUUCUCUGAAUCUCAGCUAGUUGUUUGGGUCGAUCCCCUGGACGGCACAAAGGAAUAUACUGAAGGUAGGGUCCUCUUUGGGGAAAAAAAAAAAAAAAAAAACGUCUGCUACACAAAGUGUGCAGGUGAGUCUGUGACAAAUGGAUUUCUUCAGUGUGGAGCAAGGGCUGAGGCAUUGUUAGUUUUUCCUUUUCUGUAGAGAAAUCUGUUACCAAUAAAUUCAUUAAUACAGACUCUGCUUGCUUCUAUUCAAAGCAUUCAAGAAACAGUCAGCUGCUGCUACAUCAUGAUUUUGCAACAUGUUGCAACACAGCACACUGAUCUUUUCUUCUUGAGCUUUUUAUUGAGUCAACAGCAGUUACAUGACCUACGGGUACCAUCUGUCCAAACACAAUUGAAAGUUAAAACUAAACCAGUUUUACUACAAUAAUAAGUUACUACAUUAUAAAGGGAUAAAAUCUCAUCAUGUUACAGUCUAGGUGCCUGUGAGCAAUUUCUCUGGUGAACACUAAAACAACAUGACAACAUCACAGGGGCUUUCAAAAGUCACAAUAGGUAUGCAAUGAAGGUUGCCAACACAACUAAAGUGGAAAUCAUCUGAACAUUUUUGAAAGUUUCAGGGCGUUUCGGAAAACAAAGUUAAUUAUUUUAAUGAUAAUCUGAUCUGUAAAAGCUCCAGUGAUAAAAAAAAUCUUUCUGUGUUACCUUGUGUUAUUUUAACUUUAAAAGCAUUGAGUGAAUGUCACUUAUCCCCAAUCAAUGGUUUUAGACAUUACAAAUAACUACAUAGAAAAAUUCUGUCUUGUCUUUGACCGUCUGGUUUGCUAUUGUAAGUCAUAGUGAGGCAUAAUAUCAAUUUCAGUCUGUUACAUUUCUGGAUCAAAAUUCUCCACAGGAGCUUUAACUGGUAGGGUGAAGAAUUACCACUUUGACAACAGGUGUGUUAGUACCAAUCUUAUGGUGCAUUGAUCAGUGUCAGUAUAAAAACAAUUGCUAAUGCCUUAAAAAUUACAUUGAUUUGGUUCUGUUUAAUGGUCCGGUUACUUUUUGGUGCCACAACAAUCCUCAUUCAGCUUGAGCAAAGAAUAAUGUGACUAAGACAGAGUGAACCAGCUCUAGUUAUAACAGAUCUGAUAUGAUUGGUCUGUCAUGGGAGCCAAAGUUUAAAAAAAAAUGAUUUUGAGAAAAAUAAAUUUUGAUGAAGUUUUUAUUCAUCAUCUCAGUGCAAAAUGUGACCACUGUUGCUUUUGAAUUCUUCCAGUUCUUCCACAGUUCAGUCACUGCACAUAACUGAAGGACUGCUUUCUGGCUUGUAAACUGUCAGGACUUCACUCUUACUUUGACCCUCUCUUUCUGUCCUUGUGUCCUCUUUUCUGCUGUAUACCUGUUUCCCUCUCCUUUCUUAACCAACUCCAGCAUCAAAGUGUCUCCAUCACCAAACUGAGGCCCAGAUACCGAGCAAAGGGUUGGACCCCUCUCAAGUUCAAAGCACAGCUCUCUGUACGGGAAUCCAAGUGCAGGAAACUUAAUAAAAAAUUAACCCCAUUCAUUCUGCACCAACAAGGAAGCAACAUUAGAUCUAAAAAGUCUUGAUGACAUACUCUUUCUUCCUUCCUUUUUUACGCCCUGCAUGUUUUUGCAUCACUUUACACACACCAAAUCAGAAGCAUUAGUUAACAAAUUUUGUAAUGGUUCACAUCCUGCUGUUUUUAAGGGCUGCUCGAUAAUGUGACGGUGCUCAUUGGAAUCGCAUAUGAAGGCCGGGCUAUAGCGGGAGUCAUCAACCAACCUUUCUACAACUACCAGGUACAGACCAGACUAAACAAUAGUCAACCUGCUUCUUACUCCUCCUGGUCCAUUAAAAUGUUUCUUCCAUCAGCUCGGAGCAGGAGCACAGUUAGGGAGGACCAUGUGGGGGAUGAUAGGAUUGGGCGCCUUUGGAUUUCAGCUGCAAGAAGUCCCAGGUGAUAAAAAGAUUGUCACCACCACUCGUUCCCAUAGUAACAAGCUCGUAACAGACUGUGUGGAUGCCAUGGAGCCCCAUGAAGUCAUAAGAGUGGGUGGUGCAGGGAACAAGGUGAGACUAAGAGAUUUAGAGAUAACACACACAAACACAAACACACAAACUUGCUUUAGCUUCAGUGUGUGCUGGUAAAGCAGGGCCCUGUUUUCUGACAUGAAGCAUGUUCUUCUUGAGGCUUAAAUCAGUUAGUUAAGACCAGAUUUGACCAGUUGAAAGCAUAAAUGCUCGGGGUGGGAGAUAAAAUCGAAACAGCGUAGUAUUUUCAAAUUAAUUGCUAAAAUAAAUUUAAAAAAUCAACUGUUUGAGUGAGGUUGGCAGAGGUGACAUCAUAGAGCUGGAGAAAGUUGGUACAACAAAUAUAUAUAUAUACAUAAAUAUAGUCCACUGCACAUAGAAGCCAAUGGAAGUUAUCCAGCUUUGAAGUCCAGUCAUAGCUUGCUGUCUAUAAUUACAAUACACAGAAGAGUGAAAGUAUCAAACUUGCCUCUGUGCUGUUCUUCUUUUACAUCACGCAUACACUUGUUGACAAGUUAUGUCUCUCUGCGCAGAUAAUUCAACUUAUUGAAGGAAAAGCUUCUGCUUACGUCUUCGCAAGUCCAGGAUGCAAGAAAUGGGACACUUGUGCUCCUGAAGCCAUUCUUCACACUGUUGGAGGUAAAAACCUUCUUUUCUGUGUAGAGGAUACUGGGACCAUCAGUCUGCAGAUAUUGGCUUUGUAAGCAUCAUUUCUACUGUUUUCGAGUCAUUUAUUCCUCUUUAUCUCAUGCAGGUAAACUGACUGACAUGCAUGGCAAUGCAUACCGCUACAACGCUGAUGUGAAGCACAUGAAUUCUGCCGGUGUUCUUGCUACACUACGCAACCAUGAGUACUACGUCAACAGAGUGCCACAGUCAGUGCUGCAAGCCCUGAAGUCAGAUUGAGGUCUGUUUGCAUCAAAGAUCACACUUCAGGGCUCCACAUGGCUCAGAGGUUCAACCACAGACUGUUUAUAAAUGAAAAUCAACACCGUUGAAAUAUCAUAUUUUGUACUUUUUAAAAUUUGAACUCAUUUAUUUCUGAUUGUAGUGAACUCCUCUGAUUAUUUCAUAAUGAUCUUGUAUAAAGUAAACUUCCCAAAUGUUGUAUGUCUUUAUUAUGUCUAGUAAAACAAUUAAAAAGACACAGAGAACAGGCUCCACAGCACUUCCAUUUAAUUCACUCAUUUGAAACAAACUCAUACAAACCUUGAAACACCAUGACAUUUCCAUCUUGAAGACCAAUAGAUUAACAAGGCAAAAGGCAAGAAUAAAAUAAAUUAACACAUCAGUUAAAUGUUCUUUAGUGGGAACAAUGUAAUGUGUGCCAACAACAUACAAAAUGGCAUCAUCUGAACUUGAUGAGUUUGACCUCUGUACAGUGGAAUUCAGACCAGAAAUGGGAGCAAUGUUUAAUGUACAGAUGAACAGAUAUGAACACUCAGAGAACAGACAAGUGAUUUUGUCAAGUUCCUCAAUCAGUAGCUUUCAAAUCUUUCUACACACACCAACUGUCAUAAACCAGACAAACUUACUUGAGUUUUCUGGUCUUUGAUUCCCACAUUUUCCACUUUUUGUAAAAUUUCCUUAAACACUGGCUCUUGUUUUUGUCAAAUGACCCCCUCUAAUACUGCAAGCACUCCUUCAGUGAUAUGAGGGAUGAGAAGGGUUUGGCGGCUUGGCGGUUGAUUGUGAAAACGAGACUGUAACACUUACGUAAUGGAGAGCAUCGAUAAUAUGUGAACACCUAAUUUGAGGUACAGCAUGUUAGCUGUCCUUUUUUAAAGUUUAUAUAGGCAUUUAUUGCCUACACAGAUGUGCAUAUGAAAAGUUUUUAAGCAAUUUAUUGCACUUAUAUUAUUAAAAUCCCAGGAUAGUGAUCCCUUCAAGGGGAGAAAACAUUCUUUCGUCUCAGGGAAAGUAAAAGCAGUGUCCUCUAGGCGACUGUUGAUGAAAAAAUGGGACAAGAAAGCUGCUUAGGCAUUUUUCACAAAAUGUCAAGAGUUACAUGAGAAGACAGACUACAUUGUCUGUUAAAUAUGAAGCUACAGCCUGAAGCAGGGGUCAUUUCAACCAUCAUUAAUAUGGAACAAGUAGAAUCUAGGUAAUCUGGCUCUGUCAGCAUGUACUAACGUUCCCCACCACACCUUUUUAAGCUCUCUUACUGGCGUGUUAGCUCUCUCUUAUUCAAUGCUUAUAACAUAACAGUGUACAUAAGAGAUCUGCUGAGGUUAUUUCUUUGUGCUUCUUUGUGCUAAGUUAAGCUUGCCAGCAGCAAGUGGUAGCUUUAUAUUUGACUGCAAAGAGCUGUCUAAAUCUUCUCAGUGAAGUUGUCAAAAGAAAGCAAACAAGCAUAUUUACUAAAAUGUCAAAGUAUUCCUUUUAGCACAGCAUUACUUUAGCCAAUAUACAAAGGGACGAAUGGCACUAUUUAGGUUAAUAUGAACCAAGGAAAGACAAGAAAUAACUCUUGUCUGGGAGUAAUUAUGUUUUUUUUUGUUUUUUUUACAUCGGCCAGGUCCAGAGAACCCGUCUGGAUUUACAAGCGUGCAUGCAUUCACAAAACCACGAUGGAGACUGUUAAUCUGACAGCAGAGAAGCAUCUUAUCUUAAUAUCUCGUCCAUUCCACAAGAGGUUAAUUUCAAUAUUGCUGAAUGGACAGAGUAGUAAAAGUGAGGGUUGAGUUAGUACAUACCAUGGCAUGAAAAAUAUGGAGAAAAAAUUACCACUCACAUGUUCAUUAAAAAACCCACAGAACAAGCAAAAAACACUCCUGAAGUUUCUGUUUACACAUGAACAAGCUGACCGAGAGGGGGCUGGAGUGUUUGAGGCAGCCUGCAGAGACAUGGGCCACAGAGACCCGCCGAGGGGGGGAGAGGAGAGUCAGGACCAGCUGCUCACCUCUUUUUGGGGGCCUGAGAGGUACGGGGCGGGGUCACUGGACGACCUGAAUUAACCCCUCCGUACUGGUACUUAGCUUUUUUUUCUGAUGGCUUCAGAAUCUAAAAGGAACAACACUUGUAUAAGUUUAUGCUUCACAAACAUAUUAAUUAUUAAUUCAUGUAAGGAACACAGAGUUUUCUACCUGAAAGGAGCACAUUAGGGACUCGUCCACACUCAUCAUACCACCUGCGUUGUCGAACUCUCCGCAGUAGUUUGGGGCUGAGAACAGCGUCACCAGCUGUCGUUUGGCAAAGAACUCAUAGCCGUCUUCAACAACCUGAAACAUAAGAGAAAAACUGACAAGAUCUAAUGACUGUGGAUAUUUAAGUUUUCUGGCACCAACUCAGGUAACUUAUUAACUGUUUAAACCUUUGAUCUAUCUAACAAAACUAAUAAAAUUCGCUUCUUAACGUGGAUGAUCUUUUUCUUUGUUUUUGGCAGGAUGAACUCUUUGUUCCAAAGAAACACUAACUUAACCUUUGAGUUAAUAAGAAAUCAGGCCCAAAGACUUUAUUCUAAAAAGGGAGUCCUAUCUCACUUGAAUUUAGAAAUAUUGCUUGUAUCUAUUUCCAUAAAUGCUCAAAUGUACUGUAAUAUUUUUAACAUAACCUGCACAGUCCUUUGGAUUUGUGAAAUAAACCUGCCCCUUUAAUUGCCUUGACUAAACCCAUUUCUUAAUCCCUGUUUUAAUAUUUUGGAUUUAGUAGUCUUAAGUGUUACCUGAUGUGCUCGGCAGAUGAGGUCCAGGUCGUGGCGGUUGAGAAACUUGCUGACUACAUCAGCCCCAAAGGUGAAGGAAACCCCACGAUCGUUCUCCCCCCAGCCCUGCACGUCUUUGUCUGGGUCUGACCACAGCAGGUCACACAGGAGGCCUGACACAAAAUAAGUAAGAAGCUGUCAGAAACUCACGCAGGUACAGUGAGUCACAUGUUAUGGUUGUACUCAUAACUGGCCUUUUCAUCCUGUUACACAACAGCGUCGCAGGUAAUAGUGCUGCAGUUUCUCUCAGGACAGUCUGUCCAGGUUUCUCUUUCAAUUUUUUACUCCCUCGUGAAGGUAACAGACGGAAUUAUACAACUGAACUCAAUGCAGCAUCAAAAUAAUUUUCAUUUUUAAAUUAUAGCAAUGAUUUGAUUGAGCAGGUAAAGGGAUAAAAUUAAGUUAGGGUCAAACACACUGUAACACUGAGUUAGACACCCCCUCCAGAGAUGAAUGUUGCUGACUGCUUGCUUCUCUAGUUUUACCAACUUCAGUAACGACCACACGAUAGCAAUACACAGCGGUCUACGUCUCCACGUACAAACCUCAACCAAAAAGCCACUCUAUAGCCACAAAUAAGGCUCAGAACAGCACCUAACUUCAUCAACAGUACAUAUAGGGUCCCAGCCAUAGUACUAACCAUCAAACAUCUUUUUAGCUUUGCCUGGUUUCUUUAGCAUAGAGACCAAACACAACUCACCUACUCUCAACCAGCAGCUGCUUGUUUGUGGAGAAGCCCUGAUAAGUUGAUCACCGAGUGCAGCGGAUCAUUUCCAUUACGUAAUAAUCAUCAUAAUAAUCAUUUUGCACUGGUAGUUCUUCUGCCUUAGCAUCUCAGUCUGAUUGCAUUUCCAUGAAGUCAUGAUUAUAAAUGUUGUAUAAAUGUUCUUCCUUAAGCUGCGAAACUCCGCUGCACUCGGCGAUCGACUUGUCAGGGCUCCCCCACAAGCAAGCGGCUGCUGGAAGAGAGUGGGUGAGUUGUGUUUGGUCUCUUCGUUAAAGAAACCGGGCAAAGCUAAAAAUAUGUUUGAUUGCUAGUACUAUGGCUGGGACCCUAUAUGUACUGUUGAUGAAGUUAGGUGCUGUUCUGAGCAUUAUUUGUGGCUAUAGAGUGGCGUUUUGGUUGAGGUUUGCAUGUGGAGCCAUAGACCACUGUGUAUUGCUAUUGUGUGGUCGUUGCUGAUAUUGGCAUAACUAGAGAAGCAAACAGUCAGCAACAUUUGUCUCUCUCGGGGGUGUCUACCUCAGUGUUUUGGUGUGUUUGACCCAAACUUAAUUUUAUGCCAGAAUAUCCCUUUAAGUAGGUGUAAUGUUAUUGAGCCAGAUUACACAAGGCAGGCUUAUUUGCAGUCUCUGUCUGAUCAAAAGUAUUAAAUACUCAAAAAAGCUAACAAAGGCACAAACUAGAAAAAAUGACAUAACAUAAAACACUGAUUAUUGAAGCAUAUUUGAGUAUAUCUGAGUUGUAAUAAAGCACUAUACCUGUGUCGGGUACAUCAGUUGGUCUCAUAAUACGUCGAAUCUGCUCCAUGGACUGUAGGUCAGGUGAAAGCCCUGAAAAAAUGAGAUUAUUGUAUUCAAAAGGUAACCUAGAGUACAGACAGCCUUUUGUGUACUUAACUGCUUUUCGAGGAUAUUUCUUUGACAUUUCCUGGCUACGUCUGAUGUACUCAUUAAGGCUUAGAACACCAGCUUGUAUUUUAACUAAAAGUACAACAAUGCUGUAGUCUCAUGGAUACAAGACUACGCACCAGUAAACCCUUUAUAUUUCUCUACACUUCAUGUAAUCCUAUCCAUGAAUGUAUGUAAUUUCAAGUUAUGUAACAAGCUAUUUUAAAUCCAUGCUGGAGCGCGUUAAUUACACUGAAACAGCUGUAUUAUCCACAUUAGUCAGCUUAGGGCUUUGUAACAGUGAAGCCUUACAAACCUCCAUGGCAGCAGAAAAUCUUCUCAUCAAUAAUUGCAGCAAUAGGCAGACAAUUAAAACAGUCUGUGAAAGUCUUCCAGAGCUUAAUGUUGAACCUGCGCUUGCCUGAGGGGAAAAGGGAACGACAAGGAACAACUUUAAGAUACAGAUUUUUGUAACAUUUGCCUCUCUCAGGCUCAAUUUAAAAAACGCAGAAGGCUAUUUCCUGCUGUUUUCCAACUCACACUCAUCAUAGAAGCCAUAAAUGCGAUUGAUGGAGGCACAUUCAUGGUUCCCCCUUAGCAAGAAGAAGUUUUCUGGGUAUUUGAUCUUGUAGGCGAGCAGCAAGCAGAUGGUUUCCAGCGACUGUUUCCCCCGGUCUACAUAGUCCCCCAGGAACAGAUAGUUGGCCUCUGGAGGGAAGCCUCCAUAUUCGAAUAGCCUCAGCAAAUCUGUGUACUGUCCAUGGAUAUCACCUGGAAUUGUAUGUACAUCUUAUUUCCCAAUAUUUCGCUCCUUCGCAGAGUAAUUUAACAAUGUAAGGGUGAUGAAAUGCAGGAUAUCCUUAAAGUUGUGGUGAUAAAUGAAUUUUAGUGUGUAAAUUUGUAAAUCUGCUUUGUUGAAAAAAGUACAGUAACAAACCGAAUGAUUGGGUGGAAACAUUUGUUCUGCACAUCACCUUCAAGAAUGUCCUCUAGCCUCAAUAAUGAAGAGCUGCAUUUUGCCAUUAACAUUAUGUAUUUUCUUAUAACAUAUGGCAGCAAAGUGUCAAACUAAAAAAAGGUGCUCUGUUGUUUGUUGCUAUUCUCACCACAUAUUUUUAGAGGAGCCUCCAGCUCCAGCAGAAUCGGCUGACUGAGGAAGAUUUCUCUGGACUUGAUGCAGAGGCCCCGAACCUCAGCCUCUGACAUCUGUACCACCUUCCCUGGGCGACAUCCUCGCACUGUAAAUAAAAACAACCAAGAAACAAUGCAAACUGAUCAUUAAAGAAGAAUGAGUAAAUAUUCUGGCACUAGACAUGGAAAUAACAAAGAUGAAAGUCCAUGGACUAAGUGAGUACGUUCACUUAACAAAGGCCAAAUUAGUACUGUUCUGGCAAGGCAUAUGCUUUAGUUCAGCCGAGAAAUACUGUUUGCUACAAGCAAAAAGAAGUUGUGAAUAAGUAAGUAGUGCAGGAAUGAACAGCAUGUGGUGUUUAGAGACAGUGUAGUCUAAGUAAGACAAAAACAAUCUAGUUUUAGAGUUGCAUAAAAGGUGGGCAUGUCUACCACUGGUUAAUUUGCAUUACAAGCUAACAUUAUUGGUAAACCAAGGAGACUGGUUUCAAGAGUUUUUAAGUACGAUGUAGCCCCAUUAUGUCUGACAUAGGAUUUCAGCUGCUCAGCAGUUCAGGGUCUCCUCUAGUGUAUUGCCAUGUUGUGAGCACCAAAUGUAUUAAUAGGUAACAGCAGGAAGGCCAGCUCCGCACCCAAACCCAGCCAUCGCUGAGCCAUGCUGUUGUAGUACAUGCAAAAUCCCCAUACUAUCAGGGGUGCUGGCUUUUGAACUGUAUGCUGAUAAUGAUCCAAGUGGCCUCGCUCCUCUUCAGAUGUAAAGUACAAAGUCAAUGAUUGAAAGAAAAAAAAAAAAAAAUUGAUACAGAUGAAGAAGUUGUCAGCAUUUUUAGAUCAUGUAAACAUAUGGUUUGCUCUUUGCAAUGUACAGUUUUGACCUGUAUUGGUGGAUGCGACAACAAAUUGGGUUCAUAUAGAUCAUGGUUUCUGGGUGUGAUUUUCAGACCAUGUAGUAAGAGUUAUGCUUGAAUUAAGGCAGUGCAGCUUAAGGGCCGGAUCAAGGUUAUCCAUUAUCAGUAAAUGAUUUUGUCUCUUUUGUACAGAGAUCUCUUGACUCAAAAGUGCUUUACGUAACAUUUAAAUCAAUUUCUCCCCUUACUCUUUUGUAACUGGGGUUGUUGCUUUCCUUUAAUGCUGACAUUUACAUAUGAAAGUAUUGAGAUAGGUACGCUGUUUUUUUGUUUGUUUGUUUUUUUUAUUUAAACUCUUACUAAUAUAAAAACCCUUAUUAUAUAAAUACAGUUCUUAUUCAUUUAAAUUGGUUCAAUUUUCAGCAGGAGCAUGGCAGAUAUGGCUUUAUGUUACCAUCAGCGUCCUUUGUUUUGAUUCUUUAAUUUACCUUUUCAAUUAGUGACUUUAUUCUUUGUUAGGAAUCUGCAUUGCAUUACCACAAUAUCGCCGGAUGAUCACGUUACAUGUGAUAAAAUACGAUCAAUACAUUUUAGCUGUGUUAAACAGGCGCUAGGGGUGUCCUACGUGAGGGGGUGUGUCCGCCGCGGUAGCCGACCAGCUAGCUGUCUACUUAUCACCCCUACCAACCAGAACAGUUAAGGUUACUUAGCAACCACUACAUUCGACGGUUCCCUCACAUUCUGUGUUCAUAAAGAAAGGACUGACCUGUCCACUCCCCUCUCUUCAGCUAGUUUAGCAUGUUUAAUGUUAAGUUAUCGAAAAAAGUAACUGGGCGAUAUAGUUAGCACCCUGACAGAUAGCGAUGAGCGUUUUUUUACGUUACACGCCUCUUUAUAAGCACAGUACCCAAGUAAGCGUUAAUGUACAACCGACCGUUAGCGAAAAUAUCAUUACAGACUACUGCGGCGUCACAAUAACGUCUGUGGUACUUCGGGAACAGAGCGCUUUCAACGCAACGGUUAGCUCACUGUUCCGGUGGCUGGUGAACACCGAUAGAGACUGAACAAAAUGUUAUAAAUGAUUUUUAACAAAAAAGAGAAGUCACUAGUUACAGCCUAAAGCAUAUUACUCCCUCUUUUCCAUGAAAAAUGACACAGUAGGACCAAAAAUCUAAACAGUGCCCUACCUUCCAGCAAUCGAGAGAUGAGACUGUCAACGUUCAAUUCGCUCUCCGCCAUGUUUCUGGUACUCAC